AUGAAUAACUCUCGUAAUAUUCUUGAUAAUAUGAGUAUGUCUAUGAAAAUUAUAGACAAUACACAUGAUGAAAUAAUAGAAAGAGGAAAGGAGUUAAUGGAAUGUUUUAAAAAUGGUGAUGUAGGAGGUGUAGUAUCAAUGUAUGAUACAGAUGCUGAAUUAUUAACAUCAAAUGUCCCAAUUUGUAGAGGAAUAGAUGCAUUACGUAUUUAUUAUACAAUGUUGAAAAAAAGAAAUGAAUUGUUAAAUAAUAAAGAACCUUAUGAAAUUCAUGCUUUGUCACCUUUUUUAGCAAUUGAACGUGGGCAUUGUGUAAAUAAUUGUGUAAAUGAAAGAAUACCUAUUAAAAACCGAUAUUUUAUUUUAUGGAUAAAAAGGGAUAUUGGAUGGAUGAUUAUGCAGGAUUGUAAACUAUGA